ACGACAUUCUCGAAAAUAAUCCGCAGCAGCAUAUUCACAUCUAGCAAAAUUCAGUGGCCAAACUUUGCCAUUGACAUCCAACAUGGCAGCAGCAGCAGAAGAGUCUGCGCUACAGAUACAGCGUCACGUCAAGUACUGGAAGCGAUGCCAUACCUCCUAUCUCCCCGCACCAUAUCUUUCGGCCGAUUCCAUACGACUCACACUCGCCUGCUUCAUUGUUUCGUCACUUGAUAUUCUGAAUGCACCAAUCACAGCCGAAGAACGCCAAUCAAUACGAAAAUGGGUCCUCUCAUUGCAACAUCCGGACGGAGGCUUCUGUGGCAGCUCGACGCAUGCGCAUGACGGCCAUCAAGCGAGCAAAGGCACUGCGAACCUUGCCGCGACAUAUUUCGCACUUGUUCUGCUUGCGCUAGCCGCUGGCGAUGAUGAACAAGAACAGGCUCGCGCAUUUGAUCAAGUAAAACGAAAAAAACUUCUCCUUUGGCUAAAGAAGCUGCAGAGCGAGGACGGUACAUUUGGCCAAGUCUUAUGGGACGGUGCCCCGGCUGGCGGAAAUGAUGUGCGCCACGGAUACAUUGCAGCCGGUAUUCGAUGGAUGUUAAGGGGAGAUGUUGAGCAGGGAAGUCCUGCUUGGGUACAAGAUUUCGACGUGGAUAGGUUACGAGAAGCGGUUCGACGAGCACAGACAUAUGACGGUGGUAUUGGCGAAUCAUCUUACCAACACGAGUCACAUGGUGGAUAUACGUACUGCGGUGUUUCUGCCCUUGCGCUGCUAGAUCGACCCAACAACUUGGACGAAAUGCACAAUGACGGCUUGGAAGCAAAAGUGCGCGAUGCGUCGGGGUUGCUCAAGUUCCUAUCGAUGCGACAAUUCAGCUACCUCUCUGAACAGGAGAUUGAAGAUGAUGGAGAAAGUGAAAACUAUAUCGAAACUGAGAUGCAGAAUAUGAGUCUCGAGGAAGAGUCUCCGUUUGUUGGCUUCAAUGGCCGCUGGAAUAAAAAGGCAGAUACUUGCUAUGCCUGGUGGAAUGGCGGCAGUCUCUCAAUCCUCGAUAGACUAUCUGUCGUGAAAGCUGAGCCAUCGCGCCGCUAUCUCCUUGACAUCACACAACACAUUAUUGGCGGCUUCUCCAAAAACGCAGGUGGUCCACCUGAUGUUCAACAUUCGUACUUUGGCCUCGCAGCUCUAUCUAUACUACAUGACUCAUCUGUUAAGGAACUGGACGUCAUGUUAUGUUGUGCAAUGGACACAACACGGAAGAUUGUAAAGGCAAGGGACGGGCUGAUUGCCAGCGAGUCCGCCAGCGCUGGUGCGUGGGAUGAUGGAUUUUGGGACCAGAAGAAGUAAAUCAAAUUGCAAAUCUCGUCAAAAUAAUGUGAUAAUGUC